AUGUUCAAAAACACAUUCUAAUCUGGCUUCCUAUCUAUCUUGUACUCUAUUGGGUCCAAGCCUCUCUAAAUCUGGGACAAGUCUGUAAGAAACGGACACAUUAAGAGAAUCACCGAUCCUGAUAUCUAGAGUUCAGUCCUUGAAAUCAUGGGCACUAACGUCUCAACCAACUACAUUACCUGCCCAGCUGAUGCCAACAAGACUCUUGGCAUUAAGCUUCCCUUCCUCGUUAUGAUCAUCAAGAAUCUCAAGAAGUACUUCACCUUCGAAGUGCAGGUACUCGAUGACAAGAACGUAAGAAGAAGAUUCAGAGCAUCAAACUACCAGAGCACCACCAGAGUGAAGCCCUUCAUCUGCACCAUGCCCAUGAGACUCGACGAGGGCUGGAAUCAAAUUCAGUUCAACUUGUCUGAUUUCACCAGAAGAGCUUACGGAACAAAUUACAUUGAAACGCUCAGAGUGCAGAUCCACGCCAACUGUAGAAUCAGAAGAAUCUAUUUCUCAGACAGACUCUACACCGAAGACGAGCUACCCCCAGAAUUCAAGCUCUUCCUCCCAGUUGCUGGAAAGACACAACAAAUCACUCUCUAUCUUAUCAAUAUUCAAAUGAGUACUACUGAAGUAAUAGAACAUCCCAAAUAAAACAUGAAAAAUAACUUUGUAAGAUUAGUCUUCGGAGGAAUAUCAUGCAUGACUGCUGCUACAUUCACCAAUCCAGCAGAUGUAGUUAAAACUAGAUUGCAGAUUUAAGGAGAAAAGGGCUUAUCAACAACCAAAGCUUACAAUAAUAUCUUCCGCGCUGGAUAUCUGAUACUUAAAAGUGAAGGUUUUAAAGGAUUAUACAAGGGAAUUUAGGCAUCUUGGCUAAGAGAAGGCGUUUAUUCAUCUAUAAGAUUAGGAUUAUAUGAACCUUUUAAGCAACUAUUGGGUGAGGAGGAUCCUAAAAACACUCCUCUUUGGAUGAAGUUUGCGGCAGGAUCCAUGUCAGGAGGUGUAGGCUCAGUUAUAGGAAAUCCAGCUGAUCUUCUCAAAGUAAGGAUGUAAGCUCAUGAAAGUCAAAAAGGUGAAUCAAUUGUCUGGCAUGCAAAGUAGAUUAAUGAUAGUUUCGGAAUUAGAGGUUUCUAUAAAGGAUUGCAAGCAGCUGUUUUUAGAGCAAUGAUUUUAAAUGCUUGUUAGUUAGGCACUUAUGAUCAUGUGAAGCACACUAUUUUAAGACUGAAACUCCUUACAGAUGGUCCAAUGUGUCACUUUGCUAGCAGCAUAUGCGCAGGAAUUGUAAUGGGAAUAGCUACAUCUCCAGUAGAUGUAAUUAAGACAAGACUGAUGAACCAGUCGACAAGCAAAGAUUCUACAAGACAAUACAAUGGUUUUAUUGACUGCUUCAACCAAAUAUACAAGCAUGAAGGCGUAAGAGGGUUCUUUAAAGGUCUGACAGCAUAGUGGGCAAGACUUGGUCCCUUUACCAUAGUUUAACUUAUGGUUUGGGAGAAGCUUAGGAACCUCUAUGGAAUUAAAGGCAUUUGA